AGAAAAUGAAAAUUCCUGAGCAUUGAAAAUGGAUGGUAAAUAGACUAAUCCCCGGUCGAGUGGGAUAUACCGAUGAAUUUAUAAGUGGAAUGGAUGAAUUUAUUAAAUUUUCUUGUAGUCAACAUAAGUAUUUGUCUGAAAAAGUUAUAAGGUGUCCUUGUAAGCGUUGUAAAAAUAUGAAGCAUCUGACACCCGAUGAAGUUAAUGUGCAUGUUUUUCGAAAAGGAUUCACACCAUUGAUGUGGACAAUUAAUGAUUUUCCUGCUUAUGGCAUGCUGUCGGGAUGGAGUACAGCAGUCAUGGAUAACAGUGAGAGAACAAAGGAUAAUGAGAAGGCAAGAAUGGACUUGAAAGAAUAUUGUCGUCGAAGUGAUUUACACUUGCAACAGAAUGCUGAUGGGAGAUGGAUUAAACCCAAAGCAAAGUUUACUUUAAAUGACGACCAAAAGAAAGAUAUAUGUGAGUGGGUUCAUGAGCUAAAAAUGGUACAUAUAACAGUGGGGUGUGUGUCAGUGGCACUGGACAAGACGGUACCAUAA